GCUAAGUUUUUUUUUUCUCUAUCACCUUAUAACACUUUCGCUUAUUACUUUGUCUCUUUCUCCCCUCUUUUCAUUCGCUUUUUUAAUCUCUAAUUUUCUUUUUCACUCUUAGUCCCCCUAUGUCUGUUCCCCUCUGUUCCCCUCUGUUCCCCUCUUUCUCUGUCUCUCUCUCCCCUCUUCUUUUGUUGUCCACUGCAGACUACCUCGCUAUGCGACCAUAUAAUCUGGACUCUUACACUUAAGACGUUUAUUUUUUGAAAUAGCAUCUAGAUUGAGGCGCAGAGUCUGAAAUUAACAAUCUAGAUUGGGGCGCAGUGUCUGAAAUUAACAAUCUAGAUUGAGGAGCAGAGUCUGAAAUUAACAAUCUAGAUUGAGGAGCAGAGUGUGAAAUGAACAAUCUAGAUUGAGGAGCAGAGUCUGAAAUUAACAAUCUAGAUUGAGGCGCAGGGUCUGAAAUUAACAAUCUAGAUUGCAGCGCAGAGUCUGAGAUUGUAUGCCCAUUACUUGAACAUUGUAUUCAGACGUAACAACAUUUACUGUAUCAUGUUAUAGACUGCAGCUGCUAAGGGUUUCAUUUGUUCAUUGUUUGAAAUGUGUUUUUCACCAAUGGGAUCACAAUACCAUUGCCGUGUCUGACAACAGAGUCACCAAAACUGACGUGGUAAUUUUCGCAUAAGUGACCCUGAAUCCAGUUUCAGUCAACAUUACGGAAUGUUUCUGCCACCGAGCAAUACAACAUGUAUAAAAGAUUCUAUCUAGCUGUGACGUUGGCGUUAAUGUCCUUGACAUUGUACCUGGCUAUAACACUCAUCGCACCUUAUAGAAGAUCAUUACGUGAAUUUCAAAAUCCGCCAACGACUGAAGGUUUGCUCGAUUCCUUGACCGAUACGCUGAGGGUAAUGUUGAAUAAGAAAACAGAUAUGGAAUUUUUUAAUGUCACGGCAGACUGCAGGUUUACUUCUAAGGCAUGUCAACCUGAGAACUGCUUCCGGCCGAUCAGUUUAAACCCGAAAGAGAGAAUCUGGGAUUUGCUGUCACCGGAACUGACACUGACAGAAGAGAAUCGUCACCUAAUUGAGGAUCUCUCGUCCACCAUCCCAGUCAGUGAUGUGAUAUUUGUGACAGCCACGUCCGAUAACCACUUCGACGAGACACAGGCCGCCGUUCACAGUCUGCACACAGUUGUCUACCCUAGAGUUCAAAAUAUGGUCCUGGUCAUAUUUGAUAUAGGGCUAACAAAUGGACGAAGAGAAAAAACUGAAAAGGCUUGCAAGUGUCAUGUAGUUGUUUUUCCAUUUGAGCGUUUUCCAAAAUUCUUCAGAGAACGAGGAUGUUACACGUGGAAACCUCUCAUUGUCAUGGCCUCCAUGAUGAAAGCGAGAAAGUUGGUCGUGUAUCAAGAUGCUUCCAUCUCCUGGAAAGACCCCGUGCUAGAGCUACUAGACAGGGGAGAUAAACUAGGCCUUCAGCUCUGGGGCGCCAAGAUAAUGCAUAAUAUCCCAGUGGCAACUCUGAAAGGUAUGUUUGACUACAUGGGAGACUUGCCUUGUGCGUACCUCAACUACACACAGAUACAGAGUGGAAUCAUCGUGCUGAAGAAAGCGCCAUUUAUAGUCAGAGCUAUCCUAGAACCUUGGGCCAAGUGUGGCUUUGAAAAGGAUUGCUUCUGUCCCAAUACAACGAUAAACAGUGCGAACUGUCAAGGCAAAUAUAAUAUAUUACAUUGGUGUCAUAGGUUCGACCAAUCCGCACUGUCUAUGAUUGUAACCAAACUGUUCGCCACUGAACGCUACAGAUACCACAUGAAAGAUACAGAAAGCGAAGAUGACCGAUUUGUCAAGAUUAACAGGCAUCAAAGAGAGGGCAAAUACUUUGAUCAGUUGUUAGCGAAUUCUUGACCGGUGGACACAAAGAUGUGUACCAAAGGUCAAAUUCAAAUGGCUAAAUUUUAGGAACUUAGGGUUAGGAUUAUUUAAAAACAUCUAGCAAAUAAAAGUGCAUCGUGCUUUCUAUAUAUAGCGAAACAGUAGUGGAAUAUAUCAUUUUUAUAACAAAGUAAUAUGUGUGUACAGUGACGUCAUAGUUGGGUGAAAAAAAAAGCGAAAAAAAAAAGCGUGUGAACCGAACCGGAUGGCACUGAAAAUAGUAAAACCGCUGUAGAGAUAUUAAUUACUAUAUCUUUUGGAAUUGAAGCAAAAGAAACAAGUAUAAUGUUUAUUAAUAUCAGGUGACCGAGCCUCGCUCGGAUGAAUAAUUUGUUAAGGAAGGAUAUAUACCCGAAGUCAUUUUGAGAAUAUUUUUGUACCAGGUGGCCGAACCUCGCUCUGUUAAAUAAUUUCGGAAGGUUAUAUACCCGAAGUCAUUUUGGGAAUAUUCUUGUAAUUACGAAAAUGAACGAUCGGAUAAAGACUACUAAUCUGAAGAGUUGUUUUAGUGUUCUGUUAGUUCUAAUUGUAGGCCUAAUUGUACAUGUCGAUUAAAUUUAAAGUCUUUUAAGUCCUCCUACAGUCUAGACAAACUACAGCUCACGUCCGUCUUAUAGUUUUACAAUCUAUCUUUUGCGUAAAACUAUUGUAGGCUUACUAUUAUUGGCUUGGAAGAAAGUCUUUGCAAUGUAACUUCUCUACGUUAUAGGGUAAAACAUGCACUUAGUGACAAAGUAAAAUGGCGCAUUUUUUCUUAUUAGACUUAAAUCAUGGCAUUAGUUUUCUAAAGAAACGUUUCCGUGGGGCACCUCUGUUACGCCAAACAAUAUGCUCGUUACCCAUACGGGAUACGUGCCCUGCCCAGCCUGACAGUCGGACUAUAGGAAGUUCAUACCGGCUUUUGCCAUCCAUCCAUCCUUGUGGUACUAUGGCCUGCUUUUACACAUCCAUCCAUUCAGAUCUCUCCUGGCCCUAACUCCAAGCUUUUUACCGAGGUUUAUAGUUAAAUCAAAAGAGGCUGCAGUGUACUCAAACUCGUUGACCGCUAGAUGGAUAUCAUGUUAAGUGUGAGCAAGUAAGGCGUAGAGAAGCUGUGUUAUGACCAGUUCCUUUGUUUUGGUACAGGAGAGGUAGACACUGAAGCAUGAACACAUGGUAAUAAUUCACCAGCAAAAUAAUAAUAAUAAUAAGGCUUGUCUUAGAGUCCGAAAAUUAAUGAGGAUUGCAGCUGUGACCUACAUAUCUUGCCACAUCCAGGGCAAGCAUAACCAUUGUCCGCGAUGCUCGAUUAAGAUUUUCUUUUAGCGUCUGCGUCUGUCCUCGGCAGCAAAUUUUCUUUUGGUCUCAAAUGUGUAUCCGCGGCCUUUGUAUAGAGGGAAUUCUUUAAGUCCGACAGUUACGCUGGACAGAGCAGUAUCCUGUAUGGGAGACGAAUCUCAGACGAACGCAUGCCAAAGGCAGGAUUUUUUGGUGAGCUAAAAAGUGGUCGACGUAACACCGAAACCCUUAAAAGACCAGCUUAUGGCGCAAACUUGACUUAGCUGACAUAGAAGAGAGCACAUGGUUGCAUGCAACCUCAGAACGAGACAGCUGGAGGUCACCAGCAAAAUAAACAACAAAGUAAAAGGUAUCUACACCGCUCUACACAAUUAAAGUGUAAACAACUUAUUUAGCACUUAAAACACAAUAACUAAUCAUAUAUCGGCACAUUUAAUUUCAUUACUUUUCUUUCAUAGUUCUAUAAUAAAUCAAUCUACAGUAAGAUGGUGCGCAAAUGUUUAAUUAGGUCUAUUGAUCCUUUAAAACUCGUUCUUGUUUGCAAAGAAAUAUUUUAGUAUACUGCGGUAAGCCUAGUGACGUAAACAGCGUUUUUCCCGUUUACGUCAUGGAAAAUUUUCAUUCAUAAAACAUUCUAGCCAAAAUUAAUUUUUCGAUAAUGAGGCAUUUUCAAACUGAUAUAACGGUCGACCUCGAGUUUUCCCAAUGUGGCCAAUGAGUUGAGAAUUUUUUUCUUACUAAUAUGCACAUACCUUGAAAUUUUAAAGAAAAUCGUUAGAGCCGUUUUCGAAAUAAAAUUUAUAUAUAUAUAUAAAUAUAAAUAUAUAUACAUACAUACAUACAAGAAUUGCUCGCUUAAGAGUAUAGGAUAUGCUAUAUACAAUGUAGGCUCUAUAAUAACAUAUCGUAGUAGACACUCCAUCGCACAGGUGAAAAAAAAAGGCAAAAUAUUGUAGUGGAUACUACAUAAUGCAGGUGAUAAAAGACAAAUAACUGUCAUCAUCUUCUUUGUUGUUUUUUUUUGAAGUAACGUCUUUAUUUUAUAAGAUAAGAUAAGCAUGAGCUUUACAUCAACUUAACCCAUAGAUCGUAAAGUCUGACAAAAGUAUCUACCCAUAUAUCUGUAAGUUUCUCCUCGCGAUUUUACCCCCACUUUGUUUUAGGCCUGUUUUCAAAAACUUUGUUUCAGUUAAAAACUAGAACCACUAAAGAUCUUAACGAAUCAAUACGUCAAUAAUCACACACACUUCCACUUAUAACAUUAUCUUAAUUUACUGUAUAGCGAUUUUAUUAAGAGGAUGGAUGUUUCUAUAAGGUCUGUUGGUUUGUCCAACAUGUGAUUAGCUAAAACACAUUAAACACAUUUAAUUUUC